GACUUGAAACUUUCCAUUUCUCGGGGGCUUCAAAGAUAAGAUGGCAAACCUCCCGAAUCUCCGACGACUCUUCGUCGAAGCUCGUACCGAUGCUGAAGAGAGCGCAUACUCAAGGAACGCGUUCUACAAUAUCGUGUUGUUCAUGUCUUCUGUUGCGGUUUUUAGUCUCGUGGCGCAGCGAAUGAGCAAGGUUGAUUUAUGACCAAACAUCUUUGACCGUGCUGGGGAGAAGUCUCUUGGGGAGACAAGGGGAUCGCAAAGCCUUGCAAUCUCCUACGGACUCAGAAACUUGAGCCCAACUUUAUGAGCCUGCGACGCUUCGAACGAUUAGAGAUAUCUCCUGGUAUCAGAUCUCGCCUCUCACGGUAUCUUUCGCCACCUUUCAGAUGAAGGCAGAGAGAGCCGCCUUUUGUUGUGGUAGAUGUCUACGCCGUAGAUCCUCGAGGCUGCCAUUAGCGUCGCAAGUGAACGAGGCCUUCCAGGCCUGGCUAUUGGCAGAGGGAUGGCAUGGAAUGACUGAAGGCGUUGACCAAGAAGGACUGGGCAGUGGUUAAACCAAGCAGAGUACUACGACGGUUGGAAUUGAAGUAUCCAGACAUUACAUGGUUUAAUUACACCGAUUUUAUGAUCUCCGCC